AUCUAUCAAUACUUUUAUAAAAAAAAGUAAAUUUAUUUAAAUUUUAGCGAAUAUUUACUGUUAAAAAUGAAUACUUUAGAAGAAAGCGUUGACCAAAGAAAAAACGAUUAGCAAAAUUAAAAUAAGGAAGUUACUAAAAAUGGUCUCUGUAAGUAAUAUAUACACGGAUAAUGCUAAAGGGCUUAAUGUCCUUAUUCUCAUGACGAUAGCAAAAUUAAAAGAUGCACAAAAUUUUAAUAAAAUUCUCAUUGCAAAUUUGGAGAUUAAUGUGAUUUUUCUCACAAAGCUGAUCCUAACAAAAGCUAACAAUAGCAAAUUUGCGGUCAUUUCUUAUAAGGUUAGUGCAGAUUCGGAGAUAGUUGCUAAAAUAAGCAUGUCUACUUGAGAUGUGUUUCCUUUGAUUAAGGAUUUUGUCCUCAAGGUCCUGAUUGCCAAUUUGUACAUGUUACAUUAAAAUUAUGCAAAGAUUAUGUAUAUGGAUAUUGUCCUAAGGGAAAUAAGUGUGAUAAGGCCCAUCCAAAAGCAUUUAGUCCAAUAGAUUUAGAGUUUUAUUAGCAGCAAUAUUAAAGAGAAUAAUUAAUUUAAUGUCAUUUAUGUUAAGAAAUUGGACAUAAAAAAACUUAGUGCUUUUUCUCAAGAGAAAUAGAUCCUAAUAAAACCAUAUUAUGUGGAUUAUGCGAACAAAACCAUAAGCUUAGUUAUUACUGUGCGCAAAGAAGAGUUCCAAUUUUUAAUAAUCAAGCAAAUCAAUGA